ACAAUUUGAAAUUCCCACAACAAAAAAAAGAUGGAUCAAUUUUCUGAAGAGGAUUUUCUAGGUGAUGUCUUUUGGUCUGAGAUUGAAACACUGAAUCAAAGUUCUUUCUUGCCAUAUACAAGCACACCCAUAAACCAAAUCUGGGUAAAUUAUAAUUCUAGCAAUAAUGGAUCAAAUUCUACUAACUUGAACAAGAGAAUGAUAGAAUUCAUGAAGAAAAGUAGUUGUCCAAUAAGGAUUGAAACUCAAGAAUCUGAGAGCGAGAGAUUUCAUCGCCGGAAAAUGUGCGAAAGAUAUAGAAGAGAAAAGGAAAAAAAAGAGUACUCGGCCCUUCACUCCAUGUUGCCCCUUGGCACCAAGAUGGCGGCAAAGAGAAUUCAAGAGCUGAGUGGUUAUAAGGAAGCGUUGCAGAGGAGAAACCAUGAGCUUGAAGUGAAAUUGGCUGCCAUAGGCAUUGGAAAUGUGAGAAGUACUAAAAUAAAGUUCAAAGUAGCUAACCCAGUAUCUGGAGCGGAUUACAUUAUGGAGGUGCUUAAGUGCUUGAAUAGCUUGGGAUCAAAAAUCAGAACCAUUCAAUCAACAUUUUCUCAUCAGGAACUUGUAGCUGUAAUGGAUAUCGAAACUGAAAUUUCAGAUGCUGACGUAAGAAAAGAAGUGCAGAGAACACUAGAGGAUGCUGAAAGGAAAUUCCACUUUCAUUUCCCAGAAGGUUGCUGAAGCUAAUCAAACAAAAAAUUGGGGUUGCUCCAAUUACUAUUUUCUUUAGUGAUUCUUUAUUAAUAAUCCAAUGUUUAAGUCUUCUCAAAAAAAAAAAAAGAAAAAAAAAAAUCCAAUGUUUAGCGAUUUAAUACACAACCCUAUGUUUUAAAUUGACUAGAGACUUAAACUAUUAUAACACUACUAGUGUUACAGUUAAGGAUUAAGCAAUCAUAAAGGACUCAUUUUUAUCUUAUUAUAUUAUUUAUUUUAGCUCAAGUGGAAAGGCAAAGUCUAUCUAAGGUAGUAUUUUGUUCAACUUUGGAUUUCUCUAUGUUAAAAAUCAAAUAUUUAUAACAUAAUCAAAGGAAUGUUGAAUAGAAAACACAGUUAAUGACUUUUGUGAGAUUAUGGUCUUUUGGAUCGCCCACCUUCAAAUCUGCAAAGUUGGUUGUAUAUGUAAAUUUUCAUAAUAGGAGGUAUAUAGAAAAAUUUUCAGAUUGAACAAAUUGUAUUUGUGUCAAUGUUUCAAGCACAGAUCUAGUUAGGUGAUUAUGUUGACAAUAGUCAAUCCUCUACUUUGUAAUCUUUGUUGUCUAAAAUCCAACCUACUGAUUAACGAAUUGGUCGAUUAAUAAGCUAAUGGAUUGAUUAAUCAAUUUUAUCGGCUCCAAAUUAGCAAAAUAUAUAUUUUAAAAAUUUCGCGAAUAACUUUUAGUAUAAAAAUAAAUAAAUAAAUAAGAAAUUAAAAAAAAUCAAUUUUUCGGAAUUCGUAGUCAAGGGGCACAAACGCGUCUUGUUGCUUGGUUUUUAUUGUAUCUUAAUUUAUCUUUUUCCCUUUCUGUAUUUAGAGUGAGAACAGAUUGACAGAAUUCUUAAUAAGAGGUAUCAAACUAUUCAAAUUACACAGCAUCCUAGAUUCGUUAAUAUUUUAAAAAGCUGGUUAGGCUUUCUUUUCAUUUGAUAGACGAAAAAAAGUCAUUAAAAAUCAUUCAUCUUUAGAUAAAAAAGGGAUCAUAAAUACUUUCACCGGUAAACCAAACUGAUCUUCCAAAAUAACCAAAACAUAAAAAUAAAAACUUCGGGUACUAAUGAAGAAAUGCAAAAUGAAGCAUCCAAAAUUGAAAAAUCCAAGAGCAUACUUUAUAUUAUCAUAAAAUAUCCAGAAUAAUUCAAAACCAAAGCAAAAUCCCUAGAACAAUUGUUUAAAGACCUAGACAUAUAAAGCAACAAUUUAAAUAGACAAAAUAUUGAUCAACAUAGCCGUCCUCAUGUAAUAGGAAA